CACAUAUUUACUAACAUUAAUUUUAUUUUUCAAGCAAGGUACUGUAUAUUUUGCAUAGAAAUAAGACUCAAAUAACACACAAGAUACUAGCAAAAAAAGAAUUUAUCAUUAAAUCUCUAAUCAGCAUUCCACACAGUGUUCAUAAGCCGAGCUGGCACUGCCAAGCGGAUUAUCAGCAUUCAGCGCUGCCAAUGAAGAUCUGUGUUUCCCUAACCUAACCACACAUCCGUAAUCAGCUGUACAUUCUGGUUGGUGUCGCUGCUGCAGCACAUUGCCGUCUGCCAACUGCCACAGCGUGCGUUCUGCGCUGUCGUGCGUGUGCCAUGGCUUCUCUUUGUCUAUCUAGUCGACUAUCCUUCCCUUUAACGUCUGAUCGGUAAACUUUCGUUCGGCUAAGAGUUUGAAAGAUGGAUUCUAUCCUCAACAUUCCCAUGGCGGAUCUGUCACCGUUGCUGAUCUGCCAGAUAUGCCGUGGGUUCCUGGUUGACGCCACGUCUCUCCCCGAAUGUGGUCAUGUCUUCUGCAAGACCUGCAUCGUGAUGCACUGCAACAAGAGUACGAUGUGCCCGUUGGAUUCCUGUCGGGUUUACAUCCAUGCCCGACCUCUCACCCGUUUGAAGAAGGACACCACAUUGCAGACCGUCGUGUACAAGCUCCUUCCCGAAAUCUACCACAGUGAGAUGUCACGCCGACGGCUAUAUUUCAAGAACAACGCGCACACCCUCGACGACGUUAACACGCAUCAGUUGGAUUCGGAGGCUCGCGGUUUGGCCGACAAUCCCGCCUGGCUGCCCCAUGUCAGCAUCCCCGACGAAAUUGAAGUGGAGUUGGAAUACAAAUUCAGUUUAAUAUCUCACCUUCGAGCGAGCUUCUCUCAAUCCCUGUUGAACAAGGAACAAAAAGCUGAUUCGCGUACGCUGCGCACCAUGUGCCAUUGCAGUGUCUCCGUCCAAGAACUACGCCAGUUCAUCGUCGAUUUAAUCCGCAUCCCCGCCGACGUAUCGAUAAUCAUCAUGCAAGGUAACGUGGUCAUGACGGACGCGCAGACGGUGGCCGAUGUGUGGCGGUUUGAUUGCGGAAAACCCGAAAAUCAGACUUCCAUCAAACUGCACUACAUCUUUCUCCCCGCGUCAUCCAUUCCGUCAUCUGCGGCGGAAAUCCAAGAUUUCAUCUAUGACUGUUUCCGCAAAGACGUUACCCUCCAUGUCCCGCUGUCCGGCCGCAUGCGCUGUCCUAAGAAGCGUCCCCAUGAUAACGCGAAACACAAGGUCGCUGAUGUGCUGGAUAAUGGCAAACACAACUGGGGAGUGGUGCCGGCCGCGGCGACGAGUGCGCUCUCCUCGUUGUAAUAUUCCCGUUGUUUGACGUGUUUCUCUCGUGAUGGCACAAGUUGGGGUCGUUGGUUUGGUUUGUUUAAGAUUUCAGUUCUUCGUUUUUACUGACUUGGAACCGUGUAUUCAACCGGGGGCAUUUUCAUGGACUUCUGUAGUUUAACUUAUUCAGAUUUAUUCUAACGUGUUUCUGGUGUGCGACUGGGAAAUUUCCGAUUCUUCGCAUCUUUUCCCUCACCCGUUCCCUACCGUGUUUACUGCGGUGUGCAAGCGUACAGAUUUUUUGUAUGGGAUUUCUCGGAGAAACCCGAUGUCAUGAAUUUGCUUUUUGCUCAACAGAGCAUUUGAGCUUGUUGUCGCUUACGAAUUACUGGUGCGAACGAACUGGCAAGCAGCCAGAUUCUGGAAAAUUAAA